AUGGCGGCGGCUAUGGCAGUGUCCGAGGCCUGGCCAGAGCUGGAGCUGGCGGAGCGCGAGCGACGUCGCGAGCUGCUGCUGACUGGGCCUGGGCUGGAGGAGAGGGUGAAGGCGGCGGGCGGGCGGCUGCCGCCGCGGCUCUUCACGCUACCGCUGCUGCACUACCUCGAGGUAAGCGGCUGCGGCAGUCUGCGCGCCCCGGGGCCCGGCCUUGCGCAGGGCCUGCCACAGCUGCACAGCCUGGUAUUGCGGCGUAACGCGCUGGGUCCCGGCCUGAGCCCUGAGCUGGGGCCGCUGCCCGCGCUGCGCGUGCUCGACCUGUCGGGCAACGCGCUGGAGACGCUACCGCCGGGCGAGGGCCUGGGCCCCGCCGAGCCCCCGGGUCUGCCGCAGCUACAGAGCCUCAACCUCAGCGGCAACCGCCUGCGCGAGCUGCCCGCCGACCUGGCGCGCUGCGCCCCUCGCCUGCAGAGCCUCAACCUCACCGGCAACUGCUUGGACUCCUUCCCCGCCGAACUCUUCCGGCCAGGAGCUCUGCCCCUGCUUAGUGAGCUGGCAGCUGCGGACAACUGCCUGCGGGAGCUCAGCCCAGACAUCGCACACCUGGCUUCGCUCAAGACACUGGAUCUCUCUAACAACCAGCUGACAGAGAUCCCUGCUGAACUGGCAGACUGCCCCAAGCUCAAAGAGAUCAACUUUCGAGGGAACAGGCUUCGAGACAAGCGCCUGGAGAAGAUGGUGGGUGGCUGCCAGACUAAGUCCAUCCUAGAGUACCUGCGUGCUGGUGGCCGUGGCGGUCGGAGCAAGGGCCGGCAAGAGGGCUCUGAGAAGGAGGACAGAAAGAAGAAGCGGGAUCGGAAGCAGCGUCGGGAGAGUGGGGAGGGCGAGGAGGAAGUAGCAGACUCAGCCAGGCUGAUGCUCAAGGUCUUGCACGUCUCGGAGAACCCCACGCCCCUGACAGUCAGGGUGAGCCCGGAGGUCAGGGACGUGCGUCCAUACAUUGUGGGGGCCGUCGUGAGAGGCAUGGACCUGCAGCCAGGAAAUGCACUCCGUCGCUUCCUCAACUCCCAGACGAAGCUCCAUGACGACCUCUGUGAGAAGAGGACAGCAGCGACCAUCGCGACCCAUGACCUACAAGCUGUGCGUGGACCCCUGCUGUAUGCAGCGCGGCCUCCAGAGGACCUCAAGAUUGUGCCUUUGGGGCGGAAAGAGGCCAAGGCCAAGGAGCUGGUGCGGCAGCUGCAGCUAGAGGCUGAGGAACAGAGAAAGCAGAAGAAAAGACAGAGUGUCUCAGGGCUGCACAGAUACCUUCACCUCCUGGAUGGGAAGGAGAACUACCCCUGUCUUGUGGAUGCCGAGGGAGACGUGAUCUCUUUCCCUCCUAUAACAAACAGUGAGAAGACAAAGAUCAAGAGAACAACCUGCAGUGUGUUCUUGGAAGUGACAAGUGCCACCAGCCUGCAGCUCUGCAAGGACAUCAUGGACAGCCUCGUCCUGAAAAUGGCAGAACUGAACAAAAGCACUUCAGAAAAUAAAGAGGAAGACAUGCUCUCAGGGACAGAGACUGAUGCCAGCCAUGGGCUUUCUGAUCCCAACUUGAAUCCGAGAGCUGGGAAGGAUGGACAGUGCCCCCUGGUGGUGGAGCAGGUCCGAGUGGUGGACCUGGAAGGCAGCUUGAAAGUGGUGUACCCAUCCAAGGCCGACCUGGUCACCCUCCCUCCCUAUGUGACCGUGGUUCGCUGACGAUGGUCCAGGCUGCAUCAGUCUGCCCACCUGUGGCUCCUGUAGGUGUGCUGUAGAUGUCUGUGUGACCGGUGGUUGUUCUCCCUUUCACUGGGUGUUUUGAGGUGUCUGCUUUUGUCCAGGUGACUGUGUGAUGUGAAUCUGUCAUCGUUAUAGCUCUGGUAUGAUCCUCCUGUCUACUGUCCUCAUGGAUCAUUCAAAUAACUGCUGAAAGUGUUCUGAAUCAUGUGGCCAGUAACUAGGAGAGGCACCAAGCCUGGUGCGCGCGCUGUGCCCUGUAAGUUCAGGCUGGAUGGCAGGCAGUCUAUUGAACGGUAUUUAUUUUUCUACAACAUGUUAAUAGCAUUUUUUUUCAACAUCAGCUGUGCAAAGACAGUUGAGAGCAUCAUGUUGUGAUCAUAGUCUUAGAGCUUGUUUCUGGGCACAGUGCUGCUGCCAUGGUCCUCGGGCAGCAUCUGCCUUCCACAGCUGUGCUUCCAACUGGAGUGCUGGUCAUUGUUGGCACAUCUGUGCCGGGGCCACAGAAGUCAGCCAUGCCCAUGUAGUCCUGUGUAGCCAGCCAGUGGUCUGUGAGUGGGUGGGAAGGCUGGUGUGUGGACUGUCAUACGGUAGCUGAGGAAGGAGUGCCGCCCACCAGGCCCUGCAGGCUCAACACAGCCUGUCUCUCUGUGCAUGUGCUGGUGUGUACCCAGCACACAGCUGCCAUUCCUGGAGCCACAGUGCUUGAUCCUAAGGACCCAGCCAGCUGCAGAAAGGACUUGGUGGCCCCAUGCCUUACCAGACCUCAGUGGUGGUCUCUGACCUCAAAGGACAAUUUCUAUCUUCUGUAAAAGAACGACUGUUGGGGUUGUUUCCGGGUUCUAUUCUGUUCUAAGGGUAUGCGAGAGCCUUUAGCUGCCAGAUCUAGUGAGGCUCCAGGCCCCUCAUGGCAGACCCUGGACAAAGCUGGUGGUUGUGGCAAAAACUUACCUAAGCGUUUAGGGUGGAGCUGCCCUGUGCCCACCCUGUUUCUCCCCAGUUCCUGCUCUCCCAAACCUCCAUCCAGCACAGCCCCGGUGUGAGACUCAUUGAGAUUUUUGGAACUGUUUUUACAUUGCAAGCAGAAUGCCUCUUUGUUCUAAUAAAACUAAUAAAAAACCCUUGGUAACAA